CCCGCCUUCCACCUGCUGGGGCGUGCCCGGGGCCACCCCCAGCCCCACCGGUGCCAGAGGAGCCCUUGGCUCGGCCGGGGUGAGCCCCCCGCAGCCGCGCUGGGAAGAGCCCCUGGCGGGGGGCUGAGGACCCUGCGAGGUGUCUUUCUGCACCCAGGCGAGGUGCAGCAUCAGCACUUCGACCGGAAAUCUUGCGGUGGCACCCCGGGGCCGCGGCGUUGCCCCAGGGGCCUGUGGUUGCCUUGCAGAGGGAUCCGCGUGGGGUACACCCCCGACGUCCUGACUGACGCCACUGCGGAACUCUCCGUGGCUUUGCUGCUGGCUGCCUGCCGGCGCCUGCCCGAGGCGGCCGAGCAGGUCAAGACUGGCGGCUGGACGACGUGGAAGCCCUUGUGGAUGUGUGGCUUUGGCCUCUCAGAUAGCACAGUGGGCAUCAUAGGCCUGGGCAGGAUCGGACAGGCCGUCGCCCGCCGCCUGAAGCCGUUCGGGGUCAGGAGGUUUCUGUACACCGGCAGCCGCCCCAAACCAGAGGCUGCUGCAGAGUUUGGGGCCGAGUUUGCCCCACUCUCUAGGCUGGCCCAGGAGUCGGACUUCGUUGUGGUGACGUGUGCUUUGACUCCGGCCACCCAGGGAAUGUGCAACAAGGAUUUCUUCAGCAAAAUGAAGAAGACCUCUGUGUUCAUCAACACGAGCAGGGGGGCCGUGGUGAACCAGGAGGACCUGUAUGACGCGCUGGCCCACGGCCAGAUCGCUGCGGCGGGCCUGGAUGUCACGACGCCAGAGCCACUGCCCGCUGACCACCCCCUGCUCUCCCUCAAGAACUGUGUGAUUCUGCCGCACAUUGGGAGCGCCACGUACGCCACGAGGACCACCAUGGCCGUGCUGGCAGCCAACAACCUGCUGGCCGGGCUGCGCGGGGAGCCCAUGCCCCACGAGCUGCUGCUGUGAUGGGUGCGGUUGGGCGGUGCCUCCCCCCGCAGGAGCCUCGCCACGCCGUCCCCCCACGCCCCCCUCACCUCUGCGGCAGUGCCCGCGGUGCCACGGCGGGGGAACAGCUCCGUAGCCAUUAAAGAGAAGCAGU